UGAUUUCCAGGAAAAUCCCAGAGCUGCAGAGGAACAUGCGAAGAAUCCAAUGGUGAUGAACAAGAUUCAAAAGCUUAUCAGUGCCGAGAUUGUGCAGAUGAGAUGAAUUUUAUGGAAGAUAUUUGGAAUGGCUGAAAAGGAGAUGGAAUAUAGGGUCGAAUUAUUCAACAAGAUGACCCAGACCUGUUUCAAUAAGUGUGUUGACAAUAGGUAUAAGGAGUCUGAGCUAAAUAUGGGUGAAAAUAGUUGCAUUGACCACUGUGCUUCAAAAUAUUGGCAUGUGACUAAUCUAAUUGGUCUGCUGCUCGGUUCUGGGAGGCCUCCAAUGUAAUCCAAGUGUUUUGUAUUUUCUUUUGCGGUUAGCAACCAGUGAGCUAUGCCACUUUUCUGUUGACUUAAAUCGUGGAGAGUGAUUAUGGAUUACUUAUUGUCUAGGGUUGUACAAUUUUGUUUUUCUUUGAGAAUGACUACAAUUUUGGUUUCAAGUGUACAUUUUACUUAGAAUAAAGUAUGUUUGGAGUAA